AUGAAGAAAAAACUCUUCUCGAGUGGAUCAUCGUGCCACAUCGAUCAUGUAAAGCUGCCGAAGAAAUUAUUCUUUUCACUCAUUCAAAGCCGAACCACAUCAUCAUGUAAUAAUUAUUUUGGAGUGAAUCCGAGUUCGACUCGAGCAAUGGUUCGGAAUAUUCAUCAACGGGCUCAACCAAAAUUAAAAGUGUUUGAUCGUGAGCAAGUUAAAAAACAUAAAGAAUAUUCUUUACAAUGUGAAAACAAAGAUGAAACGACUCGUUAUGAUUAUGUGAAAAAUAUAAUUGCAGAUGGAAUAGUGGACCGAAUGAGUUAUUUCUCAAAAACAUUAUCUAAAGUUUGCGAAAUUGGAUGUGGCAAGGGAUUUAUUAUUGAUAGAAUUUUACAAAAGCGUAUUCUUGACUUUUUACAUCCUGAGGAACGUGAGAGUGCAAUGGCUCAAUCUAAAAAGUCUUCUCAAGCUUCAGGUUUCAGUGGAAUAGAGCUUGAUCUUCCUGUUCUACACUUUCAAAACAUUGAACAUUAUAUUUUAUGUGACCAGUCUCAACUACUUUUGGAUAGUAUUAAAAUACCUUCUCCCGAAGAUUUGACUAAAAUCAAAGGAAAUACCAUCAAGAAGAUUGAAAAGCUAUAUUUCGAUGAGGAUGGAGCUACUCUUCCGUUCGAGGACAACUCAUUAGAUUGUGUAAUUUCAGGAUUUUACUUACAUUGGGUCAAUGACUUGCCAGGUCUUUUAAAAGAAGUUGAACGAGUUCUAAAGCCAGAUGGUGCAUUCAUUGGUGCAAUGCUUGGAGGAAAUACAUUAGCAGAAUUGAGAAGCUGCUUUGUAUUGUCUGAACAAGAACGAGAAGGAGGUGUCUCACCACAUGUGUCUCCUUUGAGCUCUAUUGAGGAUGUUGGAAAUAUUGUGACGAGAUCUGGACUGAAUUUACCAACCGUUGACGCAGAAACAAUUAAGGUGUACUAUCCUGAUCCAUUCACACUCAUGCACCAUUUACAAGGGAUGGGAGAAAAUAAUGCCUUGAUCAAAAGACGAACAAUACUAUCCAGAGAAACAAUUAUAGGAGCCGCAGCUAUUUAUGACCACAUGUUCAGGGAAGAAAAGGGUGUACCUGCCACGUUUGAAGUCAUUCAUAUGAUUGGAUGGAAAAAAGAUGAAAGUCAACCCAAACCUGCAAGACGAGGUUCAGGAACAAUAUCCAUGAAAGACCUAGCCAAGGAAAUGGGUGCUAAAUUACAUGUAGAAAAAGAUGAUGGUGGCUCAGAUGUAAACUCGUCUUCUUGUAAAAGGGAGUAA